UCCGCUACGCCAGCUUUUACCGUUUUCCCCUUUCGUCCUUCUUCCUGCUGGUCUAAUCGGUUUCAGUGGUGCUACACCUGCUCGUUGUUUCACACUUUUAUCCCUCUAUCACUACAGACAACAUGGACGAUUUUGACAUGCUGAACGCGCCCAGUGCUGGAAACGGUGUCGGCUCGGAGGAGGACCCCGCUGCCGCUUUCCUGGCCCAGCAGGAAAGCGAAAUUGCGGGCAUUGAAAACGACGAAGGCUUCAGCAUCUUGGACAGUGGAGAUGUCCCCUCUUCGCUAGGAGACACUAACGAUGGUGCCAUCAAUGGAGAGCUUCAUGGGGAAAGCAAUGGUCCAUCAGAUGCCUAUGCAGCAAUUUCUAAUGCAGACCGACUGCAGGCUGAACCAGAAAGUCUACGUAAGUGGAGGGAGGAGCAAAGAGAGAGGCUGGAGGAGCUAGAUGCGAACUCUCGCCAGCAGGAGACGGAAUGGAAGGAGAAGGCCAAGGUGGAGCUGGAGGAAUGGCAUGCCAGGCAGAAUGAGCAGCUGGAGAAAACCAAAACCAAUAACAGGGUGUUGGAUGAAGACUUCUACAAGCAACCCUUCUCUGAGCUCAUUGGUUAUGUCACACAUAUUAACCAUCCUUGCUACCGCCUAGACCAGGCGGCUGAGGAAGCCAUGAUUUCAGAUCUGGAUGAGAACAACCCAGGCACAGAGUGGGAGCGGGUGGCACGGCUCUGUGACUUUAAUCCCAAGUCCAGCAAGCAGGCUAAGGAUGUGUCCCGCAUGCGUUCGGUCCUCAUCUCCCUGAAGCAGUCCCCACUAGUCCGCUAGACACCCAAGGCUGCUCGGGAAAUCAUUCCAUAUCAUCUUUUUCCAUGACACGUCAACGAAACCAACUUCUCAUGCCCCUCCAUUUGUAUUCUGAUAUCAAGGGGCACUUACACCCCUGUGUCCAUAUCUGUCAGUCAUGCACAGCCUUGUUUCCCCCACCUCACAGGGUAUAGUCACUUGCCUUACCCUGAUGUAUUUCCUCCUGGCAGGGCUGUAAAGAUUAGCCUUGAUGUACCUGCUCACUAUUUUCUGCCCCUUAAAGAUUUUACCUAUACACCUCUUUAAUAAAUCAGUCAAGACUUUGUUUCCCUUGUUUAGUAGAAAUGAAAUCAAGGACAGAUCUACACAAGGUCUCAAGGUGUGCGUGACAGUUGUGCAAGGGUGGUGAGUUGGGACACUAAAAGGGAAGGGCUGACAUUUGUUUGGGCCAACAGCUACACUACAGUGCUUUACAAUG